AUUUUGUUACUGGAUUUGGCGGGUCUGGAAAAACGUUCUUAGGGAAUACAUUGGCAGCAUCUGUGAGGAGCAGAGGAGAAGUCUUAAUUACUGUUGCUUCAAGCGGCAUUGCGGCAUUAUUGCUUCCCGGUGGUUUUCGAUCCCAUUGAGUAUUGCUGAAAAUUCAACAUGUAAUACCAAGAUUAUUAAUAGCCACAAAAUUAAUCAUUUGGAAUGAAGCGUCAAUGACUCACAAGUAUUACUUUGAGGCUCUUGACAAGACACUCAGAGAUAUUUGCUCAUCUGUAAAUCCAAAGAACGAAGAGUUGCCCUUUGGUGGAAAAAUUCUUGUUCUGGGAGGGGAUUUUCGACAGACGCUACCGGUAAUCUCUAAAGGCACGCGUGCAGAAAUUGUCAUGUCGGCAAUAAACUCAUCAUACUUAUGUGAUUGCGUUCAAGUCAUGCAUCUCACAAUAAACAUGAGGUUGAUGCAUCAAAGCAACAUACUGUAUAGGGAAGAAGUUGAGCGAUUUGCUAGGUGGAUAUUACAUAUUGGCGAGAACACUAUCGGUAAGGAGUCUGGCAGAGGCAUUGAAGUUGAAAUACCACCUGAUUUGUUGAUCCACUCGAAUGGGGACAACUUCAAAGCCAUUGUUGACAGUACUUAUCCAGACUUGCACAACAAUAUGUCAAAUUUUGACUACUUGGAAGAGAGGGCGAUCCUGACACCAACUUUGGAAAUAGUAGAGGGCAUAAACAACUACGUCCUUUCAAUGCUACUAGGAGAAGAGGUAAAAUAUUUCAGCUACGACAGCAUCUGUCACACUGCGGCAAGUAGUUCUAGCGAUGAUGACAUAUAUCCACAAUAAUAUUUAAACAACAUUUCAAUAUCUGAAUUGCCAAAUCAUGUGCUUAGCCUCAAAAUCGGUCUCCCUAUAAUGUUAUUGCGCAAUAUUGAUCAAUCUGCAGGUCUGUGCAAUGGAACACGAGGGGUGAUAACAAAAUUGGGGAAACGCAUCUUGAAGCAGAAGUCCUCACCGGACCGAGCAGAGGGAAUAAAAUAUUGAUGCCAACGAUGAAUCUAUGCCCAACAGAUACAACGUUGCACAUAAAACUUCAUAGGAAACCAUUCCCAAUUUUAGUAUGCUUUGCAAUGACCAUCAACAAAAGUCAGGGGCAAACACUAGCACAUGUUGGACUUUAUUUGGAAAAAAAGUGUAUUCACGCAUGGGCAGCUAUAUGUGGCAGUUUCAAGAGUCAAGAACAGAAAUGGGUUGAAAAUUUUGUUGGGUGGAUGAGAUGGG